AAAAGUCACAGAUGGAGAUCUGUUUUCUGUGACCUUGUAUAACCAGAAAAAUGUGGACAUUGAUAAUACCACUAAUAAGUUCAGCGCUAAUCAAGAAUUUAUCAGGAUCCCACUUCUAACACUGAGCGACUGACUCUUUGUCAAUGGACAGCUGACAACUUUGAGAUUUGAGCAUGUGGAUGCUGGUGGCAGUGGCCUGUCUGUGUCACUGUGUCUCUGCACACCUGUCAGAGACAAGACUGAAGAAAGCUCCUGAUCUGGUCUACAGCAGUGUCCCAGGAUCCCCAGGUCUGCCAGGGAAAGCUUGCCCCAGCGGACCACCUGGGGCACAGGGAUGUGUGGGAAUCCCAGGUCGGGACGGAAGGGACGGCAGGAAGGGAGAGAAAGGAGAAAAAGGAGAGACAGGGUUGAAGGGCAGAGUUGGUGCCCCUGGUAAGACGGGAGAGCGUGGAGAUCCUGGUCCUCCAGGUAAACAGGGUCCUGUGGGGGACAAAGGGGAUGUGGGGCUCCCUGGUGGUCCAGGACAGGAUGGACAGAAGGGCGACAAGGGCAAAAAAGGGAACCGCGGGAUAGGAGGUGUUUGCAAAUGUGGAAGCCUGCUUCCAAAAUCUGCCUUUUCUGUGGGCAUUACCAGUAGUCACCCCACAGAAAAAGUGCCAAUCAAAUUUGACAAGAUCCUAUUUGAUGAAGGUAGGCAUUACAAUCCGGAAACAGGGAAAUUCAUAUGUGCCUAUCCCGGGAUCUACUACUUCUCCUAUGACAUCACACUGGCCAACAAGCACCUUGCCAUAGCACUGGUGCACAAUGGACAAUAUCGGAUCAAGACAUUUGAUGCAAACACAGGGAACCAUGAUGUGGCCUCAGGAUCCACAGCAAUAUAUCUGAACCCGGAGGACGAAGUGUGGCUGGAGAUCUUCUACUCAGACCAGAAUGGGUUGUACACUGAUGCUGGGCAGGCCGACAGCCUGUUCUCUGGGUUCCUCUUGUAUGUGGACACAAACUACUUUGAUACACUGGCAGAGGAUUAUGUGUAGUAAAGGCUAAUAAAAAGAAUGGUGUUGUUUUAGUAACUACUCUUUAUUAUACUGGGCACCCAUCAAAGAUACUGACCAAUAUCCAUCCAUCCAUCCAUUUUCUUCCGCUUAUCCGGAGCCAGGUCGCGGGGGCAGCAGUCUAAGCAGGGACUCCCAAACUUCCCUCACCCCAGACACGUCCUCCAGCUCCUCCGGUGGGAUCCCAAGGCGUUCCCAGGACAGCCGAGAGGGCCCUGGACCUGUUUGCCAUGGGUGACUCUACCAGGGGCAUGAAGCCCCCAACAACAUAGCUCCCAGGAUCAUUCGGGCACUCAAACCCCUCCACCACGUUAAGGUGGUGGUUCAGGGAGGGGUACUGACCAAUAGUCGGUAACGCUGACCAAUAGUUAUGCAAAAAAUAAAAUAAAAAAUACUUGUAUUGUUGAGGAAGUUGGAGUGAGAUUUUUUUUUUUAAAUUAAGUUAAUUUAUUAGAAAGUUUCAAAUUAAUCUGUAAUCUGGGGGAGAUACAUUCUAAUAUUCAUGGUAAUAUAAUAGUCUUGUCUUAAAUCAUUAGGACACUACUGCACUACUACUUAACAUCAACGGGGGAUGUUAUCAUACCUCAUGUCUAAGUUUGUGACAGUGGUUUCACUUGAGGGCCUGGAACAAACUGGUCAACAGAAAACGUAAACAGCGACGGCUCUGUUCUAAUGGGCUUUAGCUUCCCUGGAGGAGUUUGUGGAGGAGGCUGUGGAGGAGCUGAGAUCUGGUUGAGCUCUGCAGACUGAGAGAGUGUCACACCUUUAGCCAAAGUC